AUGAUACAAAUAUUGCACUACCGGGAAUGCUUUUGUGAUGUUACUUUUCUCUUUUUUCUCUUCUUCUCUGUUUAUUUCUCUCUUCUCCUCCCCUUUCUCUCCUCUUCUCCUCCCCUUUCUCUCUUCUCCUCCCCUUUCUCUCCUCUUCUCCUCCCCUUUCCCCUCCCUUCUCCUCCCUUUCUCUCCUCCCUUUCUCUCCUCCCUUUCUCUCCUCCUUUCUCUCCUCCCCUUUCUCUCCUCCCCUUUCUCUCCUCCCCUUUCUCUCCUCCCCUUUCUCUCCUCCCCUUUCUCUCCUCCCCUUUCUCCUCCCCUUUCUCCUCGCGUCCAUUGUUCUCCUCCCCUUUCUCUCCUCUUUCUCCUCCCUUUCUCCUCUUCUCCUCCCCUUUUUUUCCUUUUAUUUUCUUUUCGUUUUUUCUUUCUUUUCUACUUCUUCUCUCUUGUCUCUUCUCUAAUUCUCUCAUCUCCGAUAGCUUUAUGAUGAACAAAGCUGUCCGUUUGUCACCUCUUCAGCAAAUGCGAACGAGAAACUCAGUAUUCCCACGGGGAUUUUUCAUAGCAGCAGCAAAUUAUAUCUUACACGCUACACAAAACUUCUUAUUUGUUCUUAGCACUCACACUCACAUAUAUUCCUUUUGCACUUUGUUUCCUAUCGAUGUUCUUGUCCCCCCGUUUCCUUCAUUCCGCAACAACACUUGCUGCGAGUGCCAUAUUAUCAAUUCCUCUCUCUCUCUCUCUCUCUCUCUCUCUCUCUCUCAUCGUGUGCGUUUCUCUUUCGGGAAUAGCUUAUUUAUUGAUGACAUUAUUUCUUCGUUUCGUUUACUUUCUUCCCAUUUGGAUUCUCUGACACAACGCCAUAGUUUUCAAUUCUAUUUAACUACUAUUCCUCCAUCUUACUUUUGCUUCUCUCUUUCCCAGAUUCCCACAUCACUUACUCUCCUUUUUUCUUUCUGA